UUUUUUUUUUUUUUUUUCUUUAGAAAACGCGUAUACCAAUGGUAUGGACAGAGAUGUCAAUAUCACCUCCGAAGCAUACAAUUGGUGUGUUACGUUUUUCUUCAUCGGUUAUAUUAUUCCACAGAUUCCUACAAACAUGGUUGUUGCUCGACUUUUACCGCGCUAUUUCCUUCCAACUGCUGAACUUAUUUGGGGUGCUGUCACCUGCUUCAUUGCCCUUGUCAAAACUGCUAAUGGCGUUUGGGGCCUUCGAUUUAUUCAAGGUUUAGCUCAAGCUACCUUCGUGCCUUCCAUGGUGUUUAUCAUUGGUUCCUGGUAUACCAGUAAAGAACUUGCUACACGUACUGCUAUUUUUAUGGCAGGUAAUCAACUCUCAGGCGCUAUCGGUGGAAUUAUUGCUGCUGGUAUCAAUUCCCAUUUGAAUGGUGCAGGUGGACUCGCUAGCUGGCAGUGGCUUUUUAUCAUCGAAGGUUUAAUGUCUGUUGCUGUUGGUGUUGUUGGAUAUUGGCUUUUACCCAACUACCCCCAUAAUACUAGCUGGAUCAAAGGCGAAGAAAAAGAAUGCGCUAUUGCUCGAUUAAAAAGUCAAGGCAAACAAAUCAAGUCGGAAAAAUACACCUGGGAAACUUUCUUGAAUGUUUUGGCAACCCCUUAUGCUUACAUUCUGACUUUGGAUUUUAUUUGCCUGAACAUUGGCAAUCAAUUUAUUUUGAAUUUCUCCAUCAUUUUGAAGGGCAUGGGAUGGAGCAAAGAACUUGCCAACUAUUUGGUGUCACCUAUCUAUGGCUGGGCUGCUCUUACUGUCGUUGGUUUCGGUAAACUAUCUGAUCAUCUUGGUGAACGUGCCUGGAUUAUCAUCAUCGUGCAAAUCAUUGUAUCUGUUUUUUAUCUGUUAUUGUUCGCAAUCAACCAUGGUGCUACACCUUUCUGGCUCGUUAUGCUUUCCGGCUUUGUCAUUGUUAACAAUAUCUCCAUGUUCUCCAUUGUCUUUACUUUCAUCAAUGAGAUCUUCGCUUUGGACGCGAACACUCGUGCUUUGGCCAUUGCUUGUAUCAACUGUAUCGGUAACUUGAUCCCAAACUUUAUCAGUGUGGGGGCUUGGGUCGUUAGCGACGCCCCUAACUUCUACAAAGGCAAAAUUGUUAACUUUGCACUAUCCGUUGCCUCUAUAUUGCUCACCUUCGGUUGCUGGUGGUGUCUCAAGAAACAGUACCAUCUUCCUGGCUCACAUAGAAAAGCGCAAGCUUUUGAAGUUACGGAUGUUGAGGAAAAGGCUGACUACGAGAAUAAAAAAGAUGAGGAGUAAUUACGCCUUUUGUCUGUCAAGCUUAAAUCAUUCUAAUUUUAUCAACACGGACCAAAGCUACUGUUAUAACGUUCGUAUCUUUAUCAAUAUCUGUAAGCCUAGCUAAUAGCAAAAUUUCCUGGCUUUUGUCAGUAAUUAAUGUAUUAUAGUAUUUAUGUGCUUUUUUUAUUUCCUUUUAUUAUGUAUUUCUCUUUUAAAAGGAUGAAUAAAAUCCAGUUUUUUUGAAUAAAAAAGAAAUCAUGCCACAAUUCUGUCUUUGACAAGGCAAAUCAGACUUGCGUGAUAAUUUGUUCAUCCCCGCCCCCCAAAAGCUUAAAUUAACGCACGCUAUAUAAUGAUUGAAGUGAGUAUUUAAGCAAAAGGAACGCACCAUUUGCUUCAUCUCAUACACGAUCGAAGUCAAAAGACUACAGCUCCAAUGACUAUUGCGGUGAAAUGUUGGCUAAAA